UGGCAACACGGCGUGACGUCACCCGAGAGGCGCGGCCAUGGCGGACGGAGCGCGCGGGAUGGAGUCCGCGGUGCCUGCGAAACGACCUAGACUCGACUUCCCAGAAGAGACUUCCUCUCAUCAGUGUGACAGCGACUUCCAGUAUUUUGCGGGAACAUCAGAGCUGCUUUCAGGCGGAUACAGCAAUGGAGGAGAGUUCACCAUCACUUCCGACUCUGGGUUCAAUGAACUCACGCCACCCCAGAGCAUGGAAGAUGAAAUCACUACUCCGACAAGUUCAAGUCAAGAAGAUACAAGUGUAAGGCUCGAGAACCACUUUGGCGAUGACAACACCAAUGACAGUUCUGUGAAUGGCUGCACUGACAACUGGCCAACUGGGAUGCCUACUAGUCAGGAGGAUGAUGAUGAGGAUGACAGAAGAUCUGUCGCAUCAACUGCAUCAAAUCUGAGUGGCUUGUCGGACUUCUCCAAUUUCUCUGGGAAAGAUUGGAAGCCAUGUGCUGGUCCAAUGUCGUGGGUUCAACAGCAGAUGUUAAGAGGUGUCAACCCGCGGACAGUCUUGAAUCAAAUCUUGGGUUCGACAAGAGAAAUCCCGGAUGGAGUUGCUGAUGAUGCCCUAUGGCGAUUAAUUGUCAACAUGCUGUCUGAACCUCCCCGACGUGAAAAAUUAAGGCAUAUCAAUACUCUAGAGGAUGUUGUGAGAUUAAUGAAAGCAUGUCAGAAAAUCAUUGUUCUGACUGGUGCAGGAGUAUCAGUUUCCUGUGGAAUCCCAGAUUUUAGGAGUCGAGAUGGAAUCUAUGCCCGACUUGCUGUAGAUUUCCCAGACCUGCCAGAUCCACAAGCUAUGUUUGACAUCCACUACUUCAGGCGUGAUCCAAGACCGUUCUUUAAGUUUGCUCGUGAAAUAUACCCAGGCCAGUUUACUCCAUCACUUUGUCACAGAUUUAUCCGUCUUAUAGAACAGCACAACAAAUUAUUGCGAAAUUACACACAGAAUAUUGACACAUUAGAACAAGUUGCAGGAAUAAAAGACGUCAUCCAGUGCCAUGGUUCAUUUGCAACAGCAACUUGUCAGGUUUGUGGUUACAAAGUAGAUGCUGAAGCCAUUAAAGGAGAUAUAUUUGCCCAGAGAAUUCCACAAUGCCCAAAGUGUACAGAGAAUGAAGAAACCACUCAAGGAAGUAGAAUAGCUGGUGAUGAGCAAAAAAUAGAAGAUGCCGUUAGUAGACAAACUGAAACAAAUGGCCUGGACUUCAUGCAACAGAGACAAACAGAUCCCCAGUCGUUACCACCGCAACCUAUAAUGAAGCCAGACAUUGUGUUCUUUGGAGAGGGUUUACCUGAUGAGUUUCAUGACAGAAUGGCAGAAGACAAGGAUGAGUGUGACCUACUCAUUGUCAUUGGCUCUUCCCUCAAAGUGCGGCCAGUAGCUCUGAUUCCAAGUUCAGUUCCUUCACACGUGCCUCAGAUAUUGAUUAAUCGUGAACCCUUACGACACCUCACCUUUGAUGUAGAACUUUUAGGUGAUUGUGAUAUAAUUAUCAAUGAGCUUUGUCGGAGACUGGGCAGAGGGUGGGACGAAUUGAGUCAGACAGAACCUCUGACAGAGAUUAGAGAACUGCCACCCAGACCAAUUCCAGGCAUCAGUGUAAAUAUUAGUAAUGGUGAUGGUGAUGACACAAACGCUGCACCAGGACCAUCGUUAAUAGCCCCACAACAUGCACCACACCCUCGAGAUGAGAGUGAUAUUGAAGCCCUGAGAGCGUGCUGGGCCCCCAAGAUCCGGGAGACGAUGGCUUCAAGAUUACCAGACAAUACUUUCCUGUAUACUGGCACCCACAAGUACAUUUUCCCAGGAGCAGAAGUUUAUUAUGACCCUGAUGAUGAAUUUGAAGACAACAAAUCUCUAAGUUCAGAAUCUGAGUCAGAAGAGGUGGAGCCAGGAGAAGACAGCCAAAUAGAACAGGAAGAGGAAAGCCAAGAAUCGUUCCACAGUAACCAGACUCCUGCAUCCUCCUGUCACCAUCCAAGACUGGAAGAUUUCAAUUCUACAGAUGCUCCACAUCUCUCUCCUGAUGAUGUAGUCAGCCUUCUCUCCACUGCUGAUAAUGGCCAGGCCCAUGAGCAUAUAGAGGAUUGGACCAGUCUCAAUGCCAGCUUAGAUACCUCCUUGGACUGUGACCACACCUUACCAGAUUAUGAUACAGAUGACACACACAAUCACAUAGCAGACACUACUUCAAAAGUGCCUGAGCUUUUGGCUGACAGUUGUUCUCCUCCCACAAAUCUAUGACCUUGCUUCAGGAAAGAAAUAAGGCUAUAAAUCCUCAAAGUCCUUUUUGCCUCAUGAGUUAUUAAGGCUGCUGUUUGAAGGAUCUGGAAGGGAAUCCGCCAGUAAAGACGUGAGUUCUUUUUGGUAAUGUAACUUUCCCUUGGACAGCAGAGGUCAGUCGCUUUCACAUCUCGGCACUUAAGCUAUAAAUGAUAGCAGCUUUAAUUCAGAAAUUAUGUGUAGUUGAUUAAUUAUUUAAAAACCGUCCUUACUUUGAGUUUCUUCCAACUCUGCAUGUCUCAAGAUGGUAGCCAGAUAAAAAUUACAAAUAUAUUUGACUAGGCCAACAGUCCUUAUUUUAAAAUAAUGUGCAAUCUUCAAGGUACGAGAGAGUUUUGAUAUAACUAAUAAGAGGGUACAAAUCUUCAGUUAAAGGAAAAGAUUGUGUAGAGUUCAGCAUCAUAGGAGGGAUGGGGAGUAGGCAUAUUUCUUCCAUACAUGUUUAUAAACCUAAAAUUUUGAAUGUAUAAAGACAUGAUAUGCCUGUGUGACUGAAGUUAGAACUGAAUAUAACUGUUUUCAAAUCUUUGGUAAAUGAUCUCCAUCAUACAGGUUAAUGGUGACAGCUUUGGAAAUUGUGAAAGAUUAUUGUGUAUAUUUGUAGUGUCAGUCUAUUUGAACACAAUUUUUUGGGUUUGUCACUGUUCGGUCUAAUAAGUUUUUACACUUUGUUCAUCUUAAGAGACCUAAAAGUUCUUGAUCUUGGAUGUUGGCAGAUUUGUGUGACAUGAGGGUGUAAGUCUUGACAUGCAUUCAGCAUGUGCUAUUCAUUAGGAAAAUAUUGUAUUUUACAAAGGCUACAAUCUUUAUUGUUGCUCAUUUCUAGAGUGUCAGCUUAACAGGUUAUGGAGAUUGAAUAUUGCCAGUAUGAGUGAAGUAUGAAAAAAAAGGAAAAAAAACACACACACCAACUGGGAUCUGGUUUCUCUUGGCUUUCGUAGUUGGGACGUGAAAGAAGUUGUUUUAUCGUUUUAGUUUCUUCACGAGUGUAAUGUUUUAAGUUUCAUAUAUGUUGUGUUAGUUUCUAUUUAUUGACUGAGAUAUAUCCUAAUUUUCAUAUAAAACUUGUAUUUUGAUAUAUUCAUGGUUUGUUGUGAUAUAUAUAGAUAUAUGGCAAAGUUUUCCACUUUUAUUUAGAUAAGGAAUUCAUUUGUCCCCAGACCAAGGAGACUACCACCUCCCAGCUGGUGGGUGCUGACAGGGUUGUCUGAAGUAGCCUCAUAUUUGCUUUUAUGUCUCCUCAGCUCACUGUCUUGCUUGUCAAUGUACUACCUGUCCUAGGCAUAAAGGGAACCGUGGCAUGUUGGAAAGAAUAACCAACUUCUUUGCUUUUUCAUAUCUUUUAUAUGUUUGAGAGUCAUUUGGAAGUUGUGUAUUCUCAAAGAAAAGGUAGAAAGAAGAGAAUGCUGCGUGUAAGGGUAUGUAUGCCCUUUUAUAUCCUGAUGCCUCUGCUGAAAAUUGAGUGUUGUGGGUGCUUCAAUGAAAGGUUUUAGGGAAUUUCCAUCACUGUACAAGUUUUCUUCAGUGAGGCUAGCUUGGACCCCCUGUUUGUAUGGAAAUGGUUGAUUUUUUUUUUCUUUUUUUAUGGGUUAUGUUCAUAUUUUAUGGAGAGAAUUAUCAUUAGGUCCUACCUCAAUUUUCUGUUCAUGUAGUCAUUUUAUAAGGAGCUUUGACAUAUUGUCCAUCAGUUUAUAACUUGUCAUCUGGUAUCCUUAUUGUGACUUUUGUAUGUUAUUCCCAUUUUUUUUAUUGUAUUUUUUGUGAGGAUUUUUGCCCUCAUUGUACAAGUCUCAAAGGCUACCAAGGAUUGUUAUGUCCUGUUUUAUAAAAUUUUGUAACAGUUCAUUGAUUGCCAACUAACAUUUUUUCUUUUGCAUUUAUGAUCCAAUCAUGUCAGGUGAACAUUUAUAUAUAUACCUUUGUAUAAUCUGCUAAAAAUACUGGGUAUGGUAUUAUGUAUGUUGAUGAUAUGUGAGGUAUUAUCUGUUACCUGUGACUUGACUUAUAUUCUGUAUGACUGCAAAUUAGCAUGGACAAUGUUAAAAGGGAUAAUAUUAUUUCAAGCAAGUGCAAAAUCGUAGAUAGCACUCCAUAAUAGGAAUCAAUUUGACAUUUUCUUAUUUUAAAACAAAAGUGUAAAAGUAUCUUUCUUCUUUUAACAGGACAUUUCCCCUUACUUUUGAAGAAGUCCCAAUAUGUGUGUAUUUAAGUGACAUUUAUGAAAGGACUUUUUUCUAGCAUCUGUUUAGGACUUUUUAUCUUUUUAUUACAAACAUUGAAUUUCGAGGAUAACAAGAUCUCAGGGCAUUUAGAAAUUACAUAAAUACCAAAUGUGGGGGAACUGUUAAGCGUAUUUAACCGAAACAGGAUGUUGAUGAUUAUAUUGAUGUACAAAUUCUUGACUACUGACACUAGGUAUCAUCAAACACUGAAAUGGUUGUAAUAUUUUACAGAUCACUAGAGGUUAUUUUUCAUCCUGUAGGAUCAACGUGAACUUGUACUUAGGAAUUGAGAUGGUAUUUCCCCCUUAUUGUAUUUACCCAAGUAUAUUUGCAGAUUAUCCUCUUUCCAUCUCUAUCUUUACCUUUCCCCCUUUUUUAUUCUUGUAUGCUAGGUGCUACUCAUGUGCACUGUCAUAGGAUCUCAAAAAAGCUAAAAAAAAAAAAAAAAAAAAAAAAAAAAAGUAGGGCUGCAUACACUUGAAAGCAAGAAAGGGAUGGAAUGACGUCAUUUCACAGAGGAUCAGGAGCCGUUUCUUAGUUUUUAGCACUUUGGAUACGCUCCCACUAAGCUUGCCUUGGUGUUUGAUUCAGUAUGGCAUGACUUCCCCCUCCCCCACCCCUGAAGACUUUCAAUACCUUAAAUGUAAAUUUUUUUGUAAAGUGUCGCUGUUUAGCAUCAAGGGUCCAAUGGCGUAAAACCAUAUUGUUGCUGUUACACAUUAAGACUUGCCUAUGGUACAACUGCAGCUUUUUCAUGUGGCCUAUAAUGCAUAUGUUCUCUUUGUCUGAGCUAAGAACAGCAAUAAAAUUUAUCCUUUUUUUGUA